GCUUCUCCUUUUGCCUUCUCUCUCUCUCUACAACUAUGUGUUUCUCUCUCUAAAAAAAAACUUGCUCCGAUUUUUUGAUAGUUAAAUUGCCGAAUAAUUCCGCUAACAGGGACUCAAUUACCCGCCAAUAAGUAGAUUUAAAUGGCGGAGAUUGAAUCAGAUCGGGUAUUGGAAGGAUUGGGGAAGAGGAGGCUGGUAGCGGUGGAUGAUAGGAGGGUGACGAAGAAGGCAAGGGAGGUGGUGGAUGGGAAUGUGAGGGAAGUUGCUGAGAUGGUGCUUGUAUUAUCUGCUAUAGGGAAGAUGAGGGGAGGUAGAGGUCCAACUGUUGCAGAGAAGGAGAUGGUGGAGGAGGCUAGGGAGAGGUUAGCUGAGGUUUGUUUGAAGUUUGCGCCGAAGGAUGUGUUUCCGAGUGAUGGUUUUGGAAGUGUUAUUGAGGAUCUUGGGAUUAAUAAGCUGACGGAAGUGAGUGUAGGGCAUUGGCAGCCUCCCAAAAUGUCGAUUACUGAGAAACUGCUGGCCGUGAAAAGAAAGAUGGAAAAGGCGCAGGAAUUUUCUCUACCCUCUGCCAGCUAUCCAUCUCAACGGUCUCAAAUAGCAGUGGGUACAGCAACUGAAAGCCAUAAUGCAUCACAACCAAGUCAUGCAGUAAAUUCAUCAGGCAGCUUACAACCUGCUUCACCUAUGGAACGUGGGACUCCAAUAAGUUCUGCAUCUUUGCCUUAUCAGCUGCCCACCAGUGAGGUCAGGCCUUUAAUCACCGGUGGGGUGGUCUCUGGUAAUCUUGUAAGGGAUUCUUCUUCAGUAGCACCUCCCAGAGUUGGAAGACAUCAUUUCCAAAUGGAUGGACGGCAAAGUGGAUCUUCCCAUGCAUUGCAAGUUCAAGCAACUACUGGCAAUCACUCAACUGUCAGAACUCCAACUUGGUCGGUGCUACCUGCAUCAGUUUCAGCAGCUCGACUUGGGGCAGAUCACAAGGCGACACCACAUGCAACUAUUAAAAUUGAGGGAGGUGCUGAUGUCAGGUCAACAAUGGCACUACAAGUGACAACAUCUAAGCCAUUUAUUACUCAGAGCACAUCUGGAAAUUCAACAAGCACAUACCCUCAUUUACAAGGCACGAGCUUUAUUCAGGCUCCUCCUCCGAGCAGUACGCAUUCUGAAAUUGGCAAGCUUGUUUACAAAUUCUUACAGCCUCUGCUUCCUGAGCGGCCUGCAUGGACUCUGCCAUCCCGUGAUUACAUGAAUAAGGCUUUGGCUUGUCAAAUGUGCAAUUCAACAAUAAAUGAGGUUGACAACGUACUUGUGUGUGAUGCUUGUGAAAAAGGCUACCACUUAAAAUGUCUCCAAACAACAAGUCAAAAAAGUGUACCUAGAGGGGAAUGGCAUUGUGGAAAGUGCUUGUCAAUAACCAAUGGCAAGCCGCUGCCCCCUAAAUAUGGUCGUGUGAUGCGGAACAUCAAUUCCUCUAAAAUGCCUACAAUCGCAGCAAUAGUUCAAUCAUCUCCAGAUAGAAAAGCUUUUGGUCCGGAUGAGAAGGUUCGUCAGUUGAAGAUAAUGAGGAAUGGGAAUGUCGCAUUGCAGAAUUCCACUACCAAUGGCAUGGCAAAUAGUCUUAACCAACUACCAUCUGCGCCAAAGAUGCAAAAUGACCAAAGAAUGGGAGGAACUGAUAAUGUGUCCGGUAAAGGAAAUGUGGAGAGUAGAGUUGCUUCUGCAGUCUGUUCCAGUAAUUUGACUUUGGGAAUCUGUUCAAAUAAUUUGGCAGUGUCUUCCAAUGAUAACAGUUUCUCUCCUGCUAGCUCAAUGAUAUCUUUUGAACAGAAGGUGGUUGAAGUGAAAUCUCAGCCUCCUGCAAUACCUGAAACAGUUUCCAUCUCAUUUGAUCACUCACAAGCGUUGAAUCACCUGCAGGCCAAUGGCCAUGCACAGCUAGCUAAUAGUGUAGAGAUACCUUCCCAGCAGUUUCCUGGAAGUCUGUCCAUGGUCAGUGAUGCUAAGGAAUCUAGUGCUAGAGCAGGUUUAGCUAAUAGUUCAAGCGAUGAAUGUAAAAGAGAAAAUCAAGGUGUCGGACGGACAAAUCUUGUCGAAACUCCUAUUGCCAGAAAUGGGGAUGCUGAAUGUGUUAGCUCUACAUCAGAUCUCUUUCAUAGUGUUGAUUGGAUUGGCGAUGUGCUUCAAGUUGCAGAUGAGAAGCACUAUUACCAAUCUUGUCGCCACAAUGGGUUCAUAUACAAUGUUCAGGAAUAUGCUGUUAUCCGUUUUGAGGAUGAGAGAUUGAUUCCUUCAAAGCUUCUGGCUAUGUGGGAGGAUAUUAAAGCAGGGAAGAAAUGGGUUACUGUUAAUCGGUGUUACUUUCCAAGGGACUUGCCACAUGCUGUAGGCCACCCAUGUAGCUUGGAAAGCAAUGAGGUCUAUUUGUCUAAUUGUAGUACCACGGUAAUGGCUGGCCAGAUACAAGGUCCAUGUGAAGUACUUCCUCUGAGCAAGUUUAAUGAAGAAAGAGAGAGGAUAUCUCGCCUAGAAACAGGGCCUAAUGGUGGAUUACAGCCUCUCUACCUAUGCAAAUGGAUUUAUGAUGAAUCGAAAGGGCUAUUCCGUGAUGUCUCAUGUUGAUCAAGAGUCAGAUUCUAUCUUCUCUGUGCUGCCAUUGUUCGAAUUCAGGCAAACCUUGGUAUUUAAGUGGAGAAAGGCAGAAUGGCUGGCUCGUUAUCCAUCCAAUUUCGAGCAGGCGACAAAAUCCUAGUAUUAAAGUGGAAAGGUAGAGUAGCGGGCUCAUUGCCAUCGAGUUUUGAGCCAGUGACAAAUCCUGGUAUAAAAGUAGAAGGGUAGAGUAGUGGGCUCAUUGUCCAUUGAGUUUCGAAUUGUGCGCGCUGAUUGGUCCUCGAGAUUUUUGACUAAGCUGCUUCAUUCUUUUUUGUUUUGUAUUUGUUUGUGCUAAAGUUUGAACAUGAUGUUAUUCUUGAAGCUAUGGGCCUAUAUGUCUGCUACUUAAUUUGUAGUUUGAUUGAAAAUUCCCAGAAAUUGAUGUUUCUUUUGCUA